AAUCUUCACACAGCAACCAGAACCGCAGCUCCGGAGCUGCGCGGGCUCCACAGGAGCGCUGGCGACAUCUGAGCCCAGGCGCUGCGUUCAGGUCUGCUCUUCGCUUACUUCAGAGACGACGUCAGCACUCUAUGAUGCGGGAGCCUGAGAACAAUGCCCAGGGCAGCCUGGCCUCCUGCGUUCUUUUACUAAGUGGUUAGUUGCCUGCCCAGUAGACUGAGAGCACCUUCUGCCAAGGAAAUGUGAGAAGAGUUGAAAACGUGCUAUUUGGAGACUAUUCUCCUAGUAGACAUCCAGGAGAUCUCCGGAGAUCUAAUUCAUCCUCACUUCCCCGCAACUUCAUCAUGAAAAAGAGGAAGCCCAAACUGAAGUGAGUUAAAACUUUACCUCGAAGAGGAUUCUGGCUUGGCCCUGAAUUGAGGUUUAUACAUAAGCACAAUGAAGAAGAGUAACAGGAAAUCUCCCACAAGGAUCGACAAGCAAGAUGACAUCUGUGUCCCAGACUCCAAGGAUCCAGGAGAGCUUCAAAAUAUGUUAAAUGGAGGAGAAUACGCCCCUUUUGUAUCUCCUCCCAUAUUAGAGAGCAAUUUUAUCCAGGUCAACAGAAGAGGUGAAUCCAUUUACCUUCACAACCGAGCCAACUGGGUGACCGUAGGCAUCUGUGCUUCCAAUCCCACCAUCAAGACCCCUAACGUGAUGUUGCUGGCUCAUAUGACACCCACCACCCAGAAAGAUUCAGAACCCCUGUUUAAAAGUCUCCUGACAUCUCCUUCUCCAGAAAAUCUGGUGCUUACCAGGUUUCUCCCUCUGCAGUUUGUGACUCUCUCUGUACAUGAUGCCGAGAAUAUGCGCAUCAAAGUUAAGCUGGUGAGUGGCCGAGCCUACUACCUACAGCUCUGUGCCCCUGCAGGCAAACAAGACUCCCUGUUCCAUCAGUGGGUAGAGCUCAUCUCCCUCUUGAAUGAGGAGAAAGCCAAAGCUUCCAAAGUGUCGGAAGUCUCCAGCCUCUCGGAAAUCACAAACAGCACAGACAUCACAGGCUCAGUGGACAUCAUGGAUAUAGCAGCCUUCCCGGCCAUACAGACCUCACACCUGUCCACGUGUUCAGACCCCAGCAACGAUGUAGAGAGCAUUGAUUUCUCAGAAUUCACAGACAUCACUGAUGUCACCGACGUCACGGAUAUUCCAGAAAAUGAGGUCACCGAGGCCCCAGAUAUAAAUAUUGUCACGGAAGUCACGGAAGUCACAGACAUCUGUGAAGUCACAACAAGCUCAGGGGUCAGAGUGGUGUUUGAAAAUGAUGACAUACUCAGGGCCAAGCAAGAGGAAAAGGAAAAAAUGGAAAACAUUCUGAAGUCUGGCUGUUUACGAGAUACAAAAAGCAAGAAUGAGUUUAGAGAAUCCUCAAAACAUGUCACCAUCUCAAACCUAACACUGACUUUCGAAGGUGAAAGAUGUUUUCAAACUACCUUGAUUCCAGAAGAAGAUGAGACAGACAAAUCCAAAGAGUUGAGCGACAGACCCCCCGAAAUAAAGACAGUGGCCUCUGAAAGCACAACUCUCAAGGCUGAAGAAUCCAGGAGCGGGAGAACUGAUUCAGACAUUUCAGAUAAAUGUAAACUAAUAAAUUAAAAGCAAGUACAGCUCAAGAAAUAACAAUUGAAGGAAAGGAAAACAAAGCAGCAUCUUUCAUGUGGCAGAAAUAAAGGCUACUACUAAUCAUUAA